UAUUUCCCCACAUCCAACCUAAAAAAAGAAAGAAAAAAAAAACAAAAACUCAUGGUUCCCAUGUCCACCUGAGCAGCUAAGAAUGGGUCAAUCACAAUCUGCACCAUCGCCGGCCGGGUCAACUCACCACCACCAGCAUCAUAAUCGGUCCAUCACUUUAACAUAUUCAGCAGUAUCUGGAUCUGAAAUGAAAUAUAACAAUAACAAAAAUAUUAUACACAUGGAAGAAGAAGAUAUAGAUUACACGGGUGAAAUACCAGACGAUUGUUUAGCCCUAAUUUUCCAAUUCCUAAAUCCGGGAGACAGGAAGCGUUGUUCCCUCGUUUCCAAGAGGUUUUUGAUCGUAGAAGGCCAAAGCAGACACCGUCUCGCUCUCAACGCCCAAUCCGAAAUCCUUCAAUUCAUCCCUUCUCUUUUCUCCCGCUUCGAUUCCGUCACCAAACUCUCCUUACGUUGCGACCGCAGAUCCGUCAGCCUAAACGACGCCGCUUUGAUUCUCAUCUCUCUCCGCUGCCUCAACCUCACGCGCCUCAAAAUCCGUGGCUGCCGCGAGGUCACUGAAAUCGGUAUGUCUUCUUUAGGCCUCAACUGUAAAAAAUUAAAGAAAUUCAGCUGUGGAUCUUGUACGUUUGGUGCUAAAGGCAUCAACGCCUUUUUAGACAACUGUAGCACCCUUGAAGAGCUUUCUGUUAAGCGCUUACGUGGCGUCAACGACGCCGCGUCGCCGGAAUCCGUCGGUCCCGGCGCUGCUGCUGCGACGUUGAAAUCGGUUUACUUGAAGGAGCUUUAUAACGGUCAGUUUUUCGGACCCUUGAUUGCGGGUGCGAAAAAGCUGAAAACUUUGAAGUUGUUGAGGUGUUUGGGGGAUUGGGAUAAGCUGCUUGAAAUGAUUUCGGAUAAUAAUUGUUUGAGUGAAGUUCAUUUGGAAAGGCUUCAGGUCAGUGAUGUGGGCCUUUCCGCUUUGUCGAAUUGUGUGAAUUUGGAGAUAUUGCAUAUUGUCAAGACUCCUGAUUGUAGUAAUGUUGGUGUUGUUUCCAUUGCCGAGAGGUGUAAGUAUUUGAGGAAGCUUCAUAUCGAUGGAUGGAAGACUAAUCGGAUUGGGAACGAGGCUUUGAUAGCUAUAGCUAAACAUAGUGUCAACUUGCAGGAGUUGGUUUUGAUUGGUGUCAAUCCGAAUUCCAUUAGUUUAGAAGCAAUUGCUAUGAAUUGUCAGAAGUUGGAGAGGUUGGCUUUGUGUGGGAGCGAAACGAUUGCAGAUGGGGAAAUUUCUUGUAUUGCGUCCAAAUGUGUUGCGUUGAAGAAGUUGUGUAUUAAGGGGUGUCCUGUAUCCGAUGAAGGGAUCGAGGCGUUUGCUUGGGGAUGUCCUAAUUUGGUUAAGAUUAAGGUCAAGAAGUGUAGAAAUGUGACAGUCGAAGUUGGGGAUUGGCUCAGGGCUAGGAGGGGUUCGCUGGUGGUUAAUUUGGAUGUGUGUGCCGUUGAGGUUGAAACUGUGGAUGCAAGUGCGAGUGAAAGUGGUGGUGCACAAGACGACGUGGUGGAGUUCCCGCCUGUAGCUGCUGCUCAACCUGAGUCGCUGACUACUAGCGCUAGUGGCCGGGGGUCUGUUUUCAAGACAAGGUUCGGGCUUUUUGGAGGAAGGAGUCUCGUGGCUAGUGCUUUGAGGAGGUGGUCAGCUGGCAAUAGCAGUACCAAUGGUAGCUCUGGCAAUAGCAGUACCAAUGGUAGCUCAUGACCUAUUAUCUUACCUUUUAAACUACAUAAUCGAAAAGUGUUUGCUUUUUUUCCUUUCCUUUUUUAAGUUAUGAUUUUUAUUCAGUCAUACUACAAUGGAAACUGUCAUCCACCAAGUGAUAACCGUAUUUGGUGGUUCACCUCUGUGUGUUGUCUUUUCAAAAUGUAUUUUGAUGUUGUCUUUUCAAAAUGUAUUUUGAUUUUGUCUUUUUUAUUUCUAUCACAACAAUCAAGGGGCAGGAAUUCUGCUUAAAACAUGUAAUCAUUUGUUAUUUGAUAUAGUGAGCCAUGUAUCUUUAUCUUGUUA